AUGAGUGCAGAGGAAGAAUGCACAGGUCUUGAUGAGGAUGAAAUCAUGCGACAACCCUUAGUCGAGGGUGACCCCUGGGAGGAUGUGCAAGGGUUGGCUAGCCUGUCGGAUGAAGCUUUUGAUGAAGAACUUUCCACAAUGGUGUUUUCAGGUGCCAACAAGGUGUUGAGGUUUGUGGUGCCUUUGAAGUCGCGAAAGGGGCCUCAGAUUCUUGCAGGGUUGCAGGAGGUGGUAACCGAGUGCAAUAGACUGGGGUAUCCAGUGAAGGUUGCCCACACGGACCGUGCCAAGGAGUUGAUGUCCAAAGCUACCAUGGAUUGGCUUCAAUCAAAGCUGAUCCAGCCCUCAUUCACUCAGGGAGAUGACCCAAAGUCCAAUGGACUAGCAGAGCGCUUGGUGGGCUGGGUCAAAGCCAGAGCAAGGUUGCACUUAGCUUCUUCAGGUCUAGGUGUGGAGCAAUGGCCAGCUGCAAUGGCGUUUGCUUGUGCGGAGCAUAGGCACAGGAUUUUGCAAGGUGAGAGAUCUCUGCCAAGGUUUGGGCAGAAGGUUAUCUUCAAGAGCAAGCAUCCGACAGGCAAGUCUAAACGUCCCUUCAUUCGAUGGGAGCACGCAGUGUACCUGUGCCCCACUCCACGGACCGAAGGGGGUCAUGUGUUGAUGAGGGCGGCGUCAGGAGGUUACCUUGUGGCCAAGAAUGUUAGGUGUGUGGAGGACUUGGUAGAUCCUGAAGCUGAGUUUGAGGGUGAAGGUACUCUCCAGGCUGAUCCCGUGGCAGCGGAGCUGCCUGAGCCCGCGGAAGCAAUCAGCCCGAGUCGUCGUGUAACCGGAAAACGAUCAGUCAAGGCAGUGAUGCUACCAGCAGAAACCCUUGCAGAGGACUUGCUGAAGAGACAAUCGUUUGCGCCUGACGACUGCGGGCAGCUGCUUGAACUCGCAUUUGGAAGCAGCGUUGGAGUCACCAGGAGACAGCAUAGAGGUCAAUGGGAGUUUUCAGUGAUUCUAGGUGCCUACAGUCAUGGUGGCCUGCGGGGCAUCACUCGAGCUAGUGCUGUGCACGCAAGUGUUUGCAGAUACCUGAAUGAAUACUUGCGAAGGCAUGCCGCAGGGAGUGGUGUUGAACCUUGCUGGACCUCACUCAUGGUUGUCGUGGCCGAUGAGGUCUCUAUGCACCGAGAUGUACGAAAUGAGCCAGGAUCCACAAACUAUGCUGUGCAGGUGUCAACUCGCCAAAUGUGGCUUGAACAGCAGACUCAGGAGGAGCAGGUCCCCGAGGAGCAUCGACCGUGCUAUGAUGCCAAGGGCAGAGAGUUUCAAGGCGCGCCCCACACCCUCCUCCAGGAGGCAUUUGAGCGAGGUUUUUCGCGAUGGCAAAGGGUGUUAGAGGGCAGGAUGAGGGAUCCAGAGCUCUACCUGCCCACUGCAGAUGGAAGGCGUUUGUUGGCAUAUGUGUUCGAGUUUUCAGACGACGGAUAUGCGGAUGACUCACCACUCCCCGACCGGAUGCUGAUGUUCUCAGUCCGUGAUACGAUCAGAGAUGUUGUGGAAAUGGUGAUUCUCAGAGUGGAGCUGAUACAUGAGCCAGCACCCCAGGAGGAGGUUCAAGAACCGGUGCUUGAGGUUCCAGGCCCCAACCCGCCAGAGGUAAUGGCCGUUGCUGUUGCCCAUGAAGGUUCAGGUAAUGUCACACAGGACCUUGAGGCUUCGAGGCUGCCCAUUCCCCUUCCCAAUCCUACGCAUCUCAAGGAAGCACCUGAGCAAGUGCACCCCUGCCUAGGGGAUAUGGCGACGGUGUACAAGGCCGAGGCUACUACAACGCGUGACUUAGAAGGGAUCUUGGCCAGCCUGACCGAGCCCCUGAGCGUUACGCACACCGCUUCGCAAGAAGAAGUAAGAUCAAACUUGGAACUUUGGCGCCCGGCCAUUGAAAAGGAGUUGCAGUCGUUGAAGGGUCAAGGAGUGUUGGUGAGCCACUUUGGGUCAGAGGCAAGGGCUAUGAUGGCCAAUCCCGACACCUCUGUGAUCUCGUUGAAGGGUGUUUUCACUGCAAAGGCACCAAGCGGGCCAGGCGAUGGGUUGUUCAAGAGAAAGUGCAGGCUGGUUGGCUGUGGCAACCAAUCUACGCAUGUAGAUGCAGAUUCCCUGUAUGCAGCAGGAGCACCCUCAGAGCUGGUUCGUUCGGCGCUAGUGCAGGCAGCAAGGCACAGGUGGUCAGCCUACACUACAGACAUCAAGUCUGCCUUCACCCAGACUCCAAUCCCGAAGCAUGCCGCAUCCAGGUAUUUGCUUCGCCCUCCCAGGUGGCUAGUGGAUCUUGGACUGGCCCAGGCAGAUGAAUACUAUUCCCUGGGAAUGGUAUUAUAUGGCUUCAAAGAGGCUCCAGCUUGGUGGUCAGAUCACAGAGAUGCCCGUUUGCUUACGGCGAAGUUUCUGGGUUGCCAUUUGGAGCAGGGAAGGUCCGAUCCAUCAAUUUGGAAGAUUAUGAAAGGAUCCACCCUGCAGGGCUAUCUUGUAACCUACGUCGACGACUUCUUGAUCCUCAGUGACCGCAAAACCGCAGAAGCGUUGCACCAAUGGUUGUUGGAUGUUGCAGGAUGGGAGACUGAUGGGUUGAGUGAGGCUUCGCCAGGCCAUCCAGUGAGAUUGAUGGGGAUGCAGUUGCACGGAUAUGAGGACGGUCACUACAGUCUCGACCAGGAGGCCUAUGUGGACGAACUGGUGAGGGCGUAUGGGCUGAAGGAGGGUGACAAAUCCAAGAUUGUGUGUCCGAAGGAGCUUUUGAUGGUGGAUGAGGUCGAGGCACAGCCGUUUGAUGAGGCUACCACCCGGGCAGCCCAGCGGAUUGCUGGUGAAUGUCUGUGGCUAGCGCAACGCAGUCGCAUUGACAUAUGCUUCGCCACAACAGUGUUGUGUUCUCGUGUCUCCAAAGACCCGCAUGGAGCCUUGGCCAUAGGGCGGCGGAUUUUGCACUACCUUCACUUCUCCAAGGAUUUCCGCCUGCAUUUGCUCCCAGAUGAGAGUGCGGCCCCAGUCAGGGUGUUCACAGACGCAUCAUUCUCGCCACAAGGCCACCAUUCAUUUGGUGGCCACGUGGUAGAGGUGUACGGAGCACCUGUGCUCUGGAAGGCAUCUCGCCAGGCAUUGAUUGCGCUCAGUUCCAGUGAAUCAGAGUUAAUUCAAGCUGUGGAGGGAUGUAUGUACACAGAGUCUCUGAUGACAGUGCUGGGAGAUUUGGGUUUGCAUUGCACGACGGCGGAGCUACACUUGGACAAUACUGCCCCCAUCUCGUUCAUUUCAGGUGCUGGGAAUCAGAGAACACGUCACCUCAAAGUACGAGGCCACAAGGUCAAGCAGCUGGUCGAAGCUGGGUGGACAGUGAAGCACUGCCCUGGACAGUGGCAGAAGGCGGACUUGUUGACAAAGGUGUUGCCGUCGGCACGACUGCUGUUCCUAUGUGGACUACUCCAUCUUGGGAGUGAAGGGGCUUCACCUGAGGAGGAGUCGCAGAUGCCAAGUGUCAGGACAGUGACGUCGUCCCCGCCAACGCCAGCGGUGCACCGUGUCGACGAAGGCAGGAAGAACUGCCAAAG